AUGGGCAGAACGCGACCCAAGAAGCUCACGCCAAAGGCCUCGAUCCCCAUUGUCGGCGAGACUGAAAUCGAUAUCAUCGACGAUGAGGUCCAGAGCACUCUACAACAGAUUGAAACUGGUGUUGAGAAGGCGGAGGAGUCGGAGUUCCAUCUGCAAGCCGCUAUCAAUGCAACCGCCCAGGGAAAGGUAAACGAGGCGCAUAUCCCCACGCCCGAGACCAUCCUCAGCAAUGUCCGUUAUGACGCGCUCUAUCCCCCGGUCUUCUCGCAGCCAGCGACGUACAUCCGCUUUUCGUCGACGGUCGAAGAUUGUUGCGGAUGUCCGUAUAACAUGACCGAGGAGGAUGAUUCCUUCCUUAUCGCCUUAAACGGGAAGCGGGAUGCGUCCAACCAAUGUACCGAGGACCAGUUCGAGGAGGUCAUGCAUUUCUUUGAAGAGACUGCCCAGACAAAACAACCUUAUGCGGCUGUAGAUAGCCCACCGGUCCUUUCGUUUGAGGAGAUCCAAGAGUCCAUGGAUGCGGCUGUAGAACAAAGCGUAAAGCAUUUCGCCAAGGACAUUUACCCGCACUGGAAGGAGACGCGAAUCGGUGCUGGAAAUCAGGCAUUGACAUCCAGCUUGAAGUUCGAAACGGGCCAAGAGACCGACGAUACUGACCCAUAUGUCUGCUUCCGUAGGCGUGAAGUCCGCCAGAUUCGCAAGACUCGCGGCAGGGAUGCGCAGAGUGCCGACAAGCUUCGGAGGCUCAGGAAAGAGCUUGAAGAUGCCCGGCAGUUGGUUGCAUUGGUGCGCCAGCGCGAAUUGGCGCGGAAGGAGAUGCUCGCUGUUGAACGGCAUAUCUUCUUGCAGCGUUCUGAGGUGAAGGACAUGAAGAGGAAGCUCAACGUCAAAGACGACGACGAGGACCUCAUCAACCAGAAGCCGAAGAAGAAGCCUGCAGAUGCGGCAGUGCAACGACCUAUUCCUCCUCAGCUUCGUAUGCCUCCAAAGGCUGUUUCCCAGGCUGCCGAAGAUUUGCAGCUGCUGGAAGAUGUCCAAGCAGAAAAGGAAAACGAGAUUCUGCGCGACAUCAGGCAAAAUAUUGCCAAGCAUAUGAAGUGGAACGAGGGCUAUGUGGAUUUCACAAGAGCGCCUCUCUCCCCAUCCCCCGAAAGAACCUUCGAAGCCGCUUUCCGUCCGGCAAUCACCACCCAAUUGCCAACUCCUCCAUCCUCGGAUACCUCGGAAAAUAUGAUGGACACGUCAUUAGAUACCACCAGUGCCCUAUCGUUCCGAGAUAAGCUAGCACCGCGUACGAUGAUGGAACUGCAUGAGGAUACUAGCAGAAUACCCUCAUUUAGGCGACGUAUUGGGCGUGGCGGUCGUCUGCUGAUUGAUCGUCGGAAUAUUGCUGCGGCGUGUAGAGUGGAGUUGGAUCCGUUGAAGGCCGAUCGCUUCAAGUAUGAUCGCGAGGAUUCGGACGAAGAACUCGACUAUGAGCGAGACCAGUACGACAUCCAGAUCAUGCAGCAUCGAGCCAUCAUGGCGGCAAAAGCUCGAGACCAAGCUGCAGCUGCAGCUCAGGCACAUGCGCAGGCGCAAGCAGCCCACGCCCAAGCCCAAGUUCAGGCGCAGCGACGGCUGCAGGCUGAACAGGUCGCCGGCAACCAUAACAACUUGGGGCAAACUAUGGGGUCAAACCCCGGGCCUGGUGCCGCUGCUCCAACAUCAGAGACAUGA